AUGCUUUCCAUCAGAUCUUUGGACAAAAUUGUUUUGAUAAUUGUCCUCUGCAGUUUACACACAGAGGCGAGACCAAUGAGAAAGAGGUCCAUCAGUGAGGUCCAGCUCAUGCACAACGUGGGAGUACACAAGCAGGUUGGGGAGAGACAAGACUGGCUUCAGCUGAAGUUAAAGGAUAUAAUUGCAGCCUCACACGCCAAAGCACAACAACAUGGACAAUCAGGGAAGAUCCGGAGUCUGCUUCCUGAUGAUCUCACAGGACUGGGCCUGUAUACAAGCCUGGCAGCACUGGGCGGAGCUUACCUGGCCGACUCACAGUUGGAGCAGCUCUUCAAGGUGCAAAGGUUUCUACUGGAGGUGAUGGGGUGA